UAUUGGCAGCUGUCCGAGACAUCUCCACGACAAGCGAUUCGGGUUUUAAAUUUGCUCCGAUGGCUCGGAAUUGCAUUGGUUCUACGUGGUGGCCCCCGUGUGUUGUUGUCGGCGAUGCGGUACAGUGAACAGUGAAACUUGCGUAGCAAAAUAGUGCAAUCUAAUUGGCUUAUAACUUAGCAUCAUGCUGUUUCCAACACUUAUUCAGCUGGAUUGAAUUGGGAGUGCUUGGACGUGUGUGAAUUAUGCUUGGAAAGCAAGUGCGUAAAGGACUGUCCUUUAUGUUGAAGCCCACCUGCGGUACUGCUGUUGAGAACCUGGUUCUGUUCGGAAACCUAUAAAGCAAGUUCUUGUAGACUUCACGUGCUAAAAUUAGAACUGCAAUAUCCUGAACGACCUCGGAGACAACCGUUUAGGUAACAAGCUGAUCAUCUGUGUUUUUGGAAAGUUCAUACAACAUCCUGCUCAGUAUACGGCUCAAAAUGGACAAGGUAAGAAUAGAAUACGAUAACACAACCGCUAACUAUUACCAUUCCCAAUAAUUUCCAUCUUCUAAUUUACAUACACCUCAUAAAGACAUAAUGUACAUAGUUCUGCGCUAAAACAGCGAUCGAAUUCGACACCCUUCCAGCCUUACCGCCAUUACCAUUGCCGGGUUAGGCGGUAAUAACGUAUUGUUUGCCUUUCGUUUCCUAUUUACCGACUGUUUGAUUAGAAUACCAUCUCAAUAGUCAUCCGCCGUACGCCUGCAUCUUGUUUGACCUCUUGAACACACACACAUAAGAGCUCCUGGUAACACGUAUCAAUAAGCACUUCUCUAUCAAUGCGCAAGCACCAUUCCCGAGAUACACGGUCACCUUUAUGUCGGCAAACGCUCUACAGCCGUAACAACAUCAUUAAAUCCUGUUACGGGCUUUACAUCCUCCCCCGUCUGAGAAACGUCGAAUGUGAAGGUGGAUUUGUUUUCUAGUUUCAAACCGUUCUCACGCCACAUGUGUACCGGAUUAACACAGACAAACAAAUCUUUGAGCUGAGCUGCUGCCUCACAAACAAGAUAGUGCGGAAAGAUGAGGUCGGUUGUCUGAGCUGCGCUCGUCAACAUAGUGUCCUCGAUUUGUGGUCUGGAAACCCCGGGUCGGAGUACGCAAGAUUAUUUCACCCAACGCAGAACAUGAUUUACCGAUCGGAAUCAAUGGAGACGCCUAGUAACCAACAGUAACUUUGGCUCGAUUGAUUCAAAAUGCAGCAUUUUCCGUUAUUUUCGUUCGGUGUUUUGUCAAUCUUAAAUUAUUUCUUCUCCUACUUAUUCAGCAAUUCCAUGUAUCCCGAAUAGUCAGUAGUCCGGGGGACGGUCCAUUCUAGGCUUGAACCCAUGACAGCCAUAUUAUUGAGUCGUUCGACUGUAGCAUGGGACCGCCCCCGUGGUCAUAUUAAAUAAAAAACUAUGGCAGUUAUAUUACAUUGUGUUUACAAACAGUUAUAAGUACAAAUACCCGUAAAAUUUUUCUUAUUUUUCUUUAACAACGAAAGUAUUGCUUAAGUCGUUUAUGUUAAUAUUUUAAAUUUAAUAAUAAUUUAUGUACAUGCUAAUGUCGUCAGCAUUUCUCAAAUUGCGGAUAGAACACCACCAAACCGUACCGUCGCGUACUUGAGCAUCGUUAAUAUUAACAUUAAUUCCAAAAAUUAGAUCACCAAGCUCUGCUCCAUGUAAAUGCCCUUUUAAUUCAAUUGCAUACCUUUGUAGCUAAUUAGAGCACCAACUUGAUCAACAGCAUAAUGAAUUAAAAAAACAAAAAAUGGCGACAUGCGAGAGCUAUAGGCAGGUACUAACUAAUCAAAUAGCCAGAGCCCGCAUAAACAUCACACAAAAUGAAAGAUAUAAAAAUCUCAUCUCAUCUCAACAUUAUCAUUCCUGUAUCGUUCGAACUCACAAGGGACGAUAACAAACUUCGACCAGGUUGGCAAGAAGAACACACCCGAGAAUAAAACCAUAUAAUAGCUAUUGAAUGUCAAAGUUUUGGGUUGAGAUAAUUCAUCUCACGAUCGGGGCGGCACGUUCCACUAGACGCCUUCAUGGCUGCUCUCAGUAUCACGAGGUGAACAAAUGUCGUCAAACAAGGUUCAGUUAGGAAACCAAUAACUCUCUUUUUGAGCUUGCACCUUGGACGAUUUUUGCUUUCCCGUAUUGUUAUACAAUACUAGUACAUAAGAUUUUCGGUAUAAGGGUUUUUUUCCUCUUCUCGUUACUAUGAUUCAUAUUACUGUGACCCUAGGGCAGCCUCUUUUUGAGAGCGGCGCACAUGCGGCGCACUAUUAUAUACAUUUACAUCAGCCAAAGCUUACAAACACUAGCUGCAAUCAUGAGACCAAAUGUGACACUCAGGCACUUCGUAGUGUGCAAGCUGCAGGCACUAGUAAAUAAUACACAUGCCAAAUGAUUAGAUUCCUCGCCAAGAUCCAGUCUCGGUCAGUCAUGGUUAAAUUACGCCGUAAAACGAAGCUUUACUAUUCAAAGCACAAUCAUUAGUAAUGUAAUAUGAUUUAUUGGUUUUCACUCGAACGAAAAUUAAAUCACUUGAUUGAGUCAAUGAGAGCACUCUUUUCAUUGCUGUAAUGAUAAUAAUAAUAAUAUUAAUAAGCAGCCUUUUUGCAACAUCCAGUGCGUGUAGAAAAUAUACUAACAUGCUCAGUCAUUGGUACACCGCAUGGCAUGAGGCGUAGAAAUGUUACUAUACCCUUUUGCUCCGGAACUGAACUUCGGUCGCUCGAUCAACAAACCAAUAGAUCGUGCGAUAACAUCCACCCACAAGCAAGUGAUCGCCAAUCUGUUUGUUUGUUUGUUUAUUUGUUUGUUCUUGCACUUUCAUUGCAUUUUUCCAGUGCAGCUAGCAAAAAAAAAGAAGGCUCUCACACUACUUGGUCUAGAAACAGUCGGUGCGUUAUCGUUUGCAGUCACACUGAACACACUGAACGCUCCCCGAGAAAUUAAUUACUGCCUAUUCUAAUCAGUGCACAUCGGUCAAUCGGGACUUGCCGGUAAUUAUCGUUUCGCACACACACUCUCACACAGUUGGUAUAAAUAUUCCCACCCUUGAAGGUAAACAGAUCGCGCCUAGCGCCUAAAAUAGACGAAAACGAAAUCAAACAAGAAAUUCCGAAACAAACAACUGACCGUGAGCAUCAUGCAUGCAAGGGAACUGUGAUAGGAGACAACGCCGUUUUUACUACGUGCCGCCAACCAACGGAUGGAUGAAUCUGAUGCCCCCUAUCGCCCGCAAUGUAGCCGAUUAAGUUAAACGUUAGCCUCCGGAGACCCACAAACAGUGGGUCGUUAUUUAACGCGUAUCUGGUUUGGCUUGGUGGCGAUGGUGAUAAUCAGCGUACCGCAACGAGUCAUCUCAAUGCCAUGCACCAGUGACUCCGAUGGGCAAACAGUGAAUACCAUAAGAACGGAUCGACCGACUGUAGCGGGAUCAAAGUCUAUGGGUGUCCCCGUUGCUGCACCAACAGUAGCUUCGUCGACGCCAUUAGCAAUCAAAAAGGAUCUCUUUAUGUCUCGUGGCUGGGGUGCCUCCGGUAUGCCAUUUUCAAUGUUUUACCUUAACCAUUACACCAAGGCACAAAAAGCCUAUGCACAAAACCAACUACACCAGCAGCAGCAACAUCAGCAGCAGCAGGAGCAGCUGCAACAGCAGCAACGGCAACAGCAAUUGCUUCAGUUGCAGAAACAACAGCUCCAAGAACAACAACUGAAGCAACAGCAGCUCUUAAGGAUACAACAACAGCAAGACGAGCAUUCGUUAGUUGACUAUCAAGAAGAUGCAACAACCAAGGGUGCCGGCUAUCCAUUGGUGCCGAAGACACUUCCCUUUGGCGCCCGGUACCCGUUAGAUCCCGAACCCAUCGCUGUACACGCGCAGCAACUGCGGACUGAUACAGACUAUGUCGACAGUGCUUCAUCAGUUCGUACAUCGAAGGUGAAUACUGCGCGUCGCCAAUACACCGUACCGCAGCUGUUCGUAUCGUAUGGUUGGGGACCGAUGGGAUAAACGCACCAGCCUUGGACACUUUGACACAAACCCAAACAAACCCGCCGAGUAGUAAAACCUCCGCUCAACUAGCGAAUGCGAAUUAUUCACAAAAGGAGUGUUUUUUUUUUAAUUAUCCUUGCAGCACUACUUUUCAGCACAUGUUUCAUUCUAAGUGUUACAAAUUGUACUGUAAAAUUAUUCUCAACAAUAAUAUAAAAAUGCAUGACGUAACUCAAUGUAUAGCGCAACGCAUAUAGUAAUGUAAUUAUCAGAGAAAUUCUAAUUAAAAAAAAGAUUAUGAAAACUCACAAUUGGGAUUUACAAUAAACAUUAGGAAGCGUUAACUGCUACGCCAUAUUCUCUA